GAAGAUGAACCAGGUGAAACAAAAAAAGGCACUUCUACUCCAGUUGCUUCCUCUUCCCAAGAAGCCCAAUCACAAUCAGCAGCUUCUGCUCCAGCUGCUGCUCCAGGUCCAGCUAGCGUGGAAGAUGCGGGCGCGACAAUCGCUGCUGCUGUCGCCAAAGAUUCUACUAAAGAACAUGCAGAACUGCUGUCUGAAAUAGCACAGCUUGAGGCAGAAAUCGCGGAUGAGAUUGGCUUUGUGCCGAGUGAGCUGCACAAACCUGUUUUAGAGGUAGCCCAUGCUGUGGUAGCAAAAAAGGUGUCCGUGGUACCAGCUAAAAAAACCAGAAGUUCUUCCAGCGUGGAACCAGAAAAAGGGGCUUCAUCCGCCGCGUUGCCACAGUCUGGAAUCAAGGUCAAGAAAAGCAAAGACGCAACGGAGGGCAACAUCGCCGAAGCAGCAAGCAAGAAGAGCAACAAAAAAUCGACUUUAUCGUUAACAUUAUCGACUACUACAUCAAAGAAAAUGACUGCCGAUCAAGAAGAUCAACGACCGCUUCCGCCUUUUCCGCGUCUAUCAAACGACGGAAAAGCUUUUACAGUUGCGAAGAAGAUGUGGACGUUGAAGAAGUCGUCUGCCGCGAAAAAAUCUUCGUUCUCGUUGAUUUUUAUGUCAACAAACGCAGUAGACUCCUUUUUGCUAGGACCUGAGAAAAGACCCCCCUCGAACCGGAAAACGAAGGAGGCAGUGGAAGCACUGAAGAAAUUUGUCAAGUCUGUACGGAGAAGUGCAAUCGACUACAGGCCCGCUCGAGGCUCAUCAAUUUCGGUGGAGGAGGGCAGAAGAAGUACCACGAGAGGCAGUGUAGUUGACAGCAGGGAUGAACUGUCUGCGAUCCGUCCUCGUCAUUCAUCCUCGUUCAUAUCUUCUGAAGAGAGGCCUAGUAGGGCUAGCGCAGCUGAAAGAGUCGACGAAGCUUUGGCGGCUUUGGCUGACGCUGACGACAGAGACCAUGAAGUAGAUGGUCUUUAUGCCAUUCCCGAUGAAGAUUUGCCUGACAUCUUCCUAACCGAGGCAGAAAAGCAAGACAUUGGACCUCUGCGCUACGUAUUUCCCGUCGCACAACUGUCGAUAAAUCGAUCAUCUACUGCGAACAAAGCUGAAACUGCUAUGACCUCUCCAGUGAGGCUGUGGGAAUUGCUUGCAAGACCGGUUACAACCAACGCACCAGUUGAAGAUGACUAUUUCUGGGAGUUUUUGGAGGAAGCUGUUUCGCAAGUGAAGACGACGUUUAGGGAAUAUGUUCGCGUUUCUGAGUCUGAGCAACAGCAAGGUGAAGAUCUUUUGGACAUAUUACGGUCUAGUUCCGGAAGAACUGAUGGGGGAAAGAAACGCGUCAUCAAGGACGAAACUCGUAGUACCGAAAAGAAUAGCAGCAAGAACGAGAAGCAGUUGAUUUCGAACCAGAGUGAAGAUGACACAGGUUUUUUGCGCCGCAAAUAUCAGAACGUGUUGUCGAAAAGUCUAGUGCCGGUUUCGAGAAAACGAACGCAAACGCAUGGUCCUAAUAGUCAUGCUCAUGCUCAUGGCAGUGGCCACAAACAUGAUGAGCCUCCUUCUUCAAAGAAGACGAGUAAAAGGAUUCUUGAAGCAUAUGCUCUCGAUCCUCUGCGCCCCAGUAUUGUGUCGUCUUCUGAGGAAGAUCAAAAAGAAUGGGACGAGUAUGGAAGCGUACACAGCUGUCCAUCAAACGGUGGCGUCGCUUCAAUCCGUUGGCCAGAUGUGUUGCUAGAUCUAGUAGAAUCCCGCUUCUACGGUGUUUUGGGAGGUGCAGCUGCCUAUCGACUGGCAAAACCCGAAGCCUGCGACUACUUUGAUGUGGAUUCUGAUGAGGAGAACGAGAAGUACAGUGACGAAGAUGGAGAACAAGAUGAGUAUCGGAAAGGCAGUAGAUAUUCGGAUAGAACAAGUGCAAGUGGCGCUAGUAGAAGUAGUCGUGGUAAUCGAAUUACCAACGCGUCUUCAUCCAGGUCAGUGGUCAGUGCUACACCGCAGCCGGUGAGUCAUUGGCGUGCUAUCAAAUGCGAGGCAGCUGAAAAACAAAGACGUGAUGAGGAGGAAGAGUGGAGAAGUUACGGGGUCGAUGCCGAUUACAAUACUGACUAUGAGGAAGAGAAAGAGGACCUCCACUACAGCAGACCCCUACCUCGUCUCUAUUUUGAUCUCAGUCCUGUUCACCACUUGUCGAAGCACCAAAUUGAUGCGGCGAAAGAACUAGUGGAAGCCUUUGUUACGCACUUUACGACUCCAAUUUUGGUGCUGGACACUGCUGACAUUUCCGACGAUGAAAUCGAAAUCCGUGGCUUCACUUGGAUGGAACAAGGGCAAACAGAGCAAGAUGAGUAUAGAAAUUGUCAUGACGACCAAGGGAAAGGCUGUGACGGUAACGGAGAUGAAUAUGGUGUGAAAGAUUACGAUGGAGACGCUGCUCCUGCAGCUUCAACUAGAAGUAGUGAAGACGCAAAGAAAGAAAAUGAGGACAACGAUGUUGUAGAUCGACCUUCAGGAGAGCCUCUUGAUGAAGAAGAUGACAAAAAAGGAGAACGCAACACAGCACAACAUGAUCAAGGAGAAGAAGACAGAAGAAGAAAUACCCAGCAAGUUCCCGAUGAACGUCCUUUUGAUAUUUGGGAGUGGAAAGCAGGAAUCGAGAGAGAACGCGACCUUGCACUAGAACAUUUGAAAGAAGACCAGGAGGCAUUGGGAACUGUGAUUCGUGCGAUUGUGGAGGGGAAGUCUCACGAAGACGACCCACACGUAGACGCAGCAUACGAUAAGUACUUGGUCUCGACGAGAAGUCCAUCGAGUGUGGAGGAGGAGGACGAAGAGGGGGGCGUAGGAGGUUCUGGGUCAACGACCACUGGCGCUGUAGGAAGAUCAUCCACGAAGCGAAAAUCCUCUUCACGACAAAAGAGACGUAGUUCGACUACUUCGAAGAAGAAAACUUCAGCGAAACCUUCGUUGAAGUCCUCGGUAGCUUCGGUGAUGUCAGUACCUCUUAUGGGACGAGCCUCAAAGGGUGAAGCAGUGGAGGAAUGUGAAGACGAUGAAAACGUGCUGGAGGAGCAAAACGCGGAGGAAGAGGAAGAUGAUGAAGAGUAUGAGGAGCGUGAUGCCUCGUGGUGGAGUGAGUCGGAUGAAGAACAUUUGGGCGAAAACGGAGAACCACAAGGAGGGGGUCGUGAGAUGCCAUCGACAUCGUGGUGGAGUCAUACGGAGGAAGAGGAAGAGCGAGGAGCACAUCAACAUCAUGUUCAUGGAGGAAGUACUAGAAGUACCUCUCUCUCUCAUCAAUCUCGUAAGAUAGACUCAACUACAUCCAAAAUCCAAGCUCGCGACGAUGCAGAGCAUGACCAUCAUUGUCGUCCUCUCGCUCAGUCCCUGCUGAAAGAGCACUAUCGCCGGUCACUGGAUAGUUCUACGGCAUCAAACAAGUCUUCAAGCUCAAGAUCUGGAAGUAGCGCGAGCGUGAAAAAGCAGGAGCAACAAACUGUGAUCAACAAAGAACUCCACCAAAAAGCUGAGGAGUAUCAUCACGCGUCCACAAAAGCGCACGAAGAAGUCGAUUGCCACCAACAACAUGUCGGAGCUGCGGUUGAGAAUGCUCAUCAGUCGCACGAAGAACUUGAGCACUCAAUUGUAUUGGCUGCGGCGCAGUCUGGAUUGGUCGUAGUGAAGGACAAGGAGGAGAAGGAACAACAGGAGGCUGAUGACGCUGUGAAAGAGAAGGCAGAUUAUAAAGACGCUAGAAGUAAUACCGACGAGCCCGCCCCUGAUGAUCGACAAGAUCCGUCGUCUGCAUCCUCGUAUCGUUCGUCCUCUACCCUUUCUCGCUAUUCCCAAGUGCAUCAAGAUGCUGAGGCAGCGACCGAGAAACGCCGCGAAACCAUGGGUAGCAUUCUGAAACAUUACUACCGGGAGUCGUGGAAGAAGAGUUGUAUUGCUAGCGGUACACGAUCGCAACUAUCUUCCAGUUCCAAUACCCGUUCUUCAUCUGCCUACGGCUCAACUACCUCGUCAAGGUUAGACACCCUUGUAGAAAAACAUCACGUCGAAUGUGUUACUAGUGACCCAAAAGCUGAAGCAGAUGUCGUCGAGGCUUUACGAGCAUUGAGCAGUGCAUCACCUUUGCAUGAGCAUGAACGGAUAACUGAAUCUGUGAUGUCUCAGCAGACUGCAGAUGGGCCUUUGCACGAGCAUGAACGGAUAACUCCGUCGGUGAGGUGGACUUCGCAGCGAGAGCACUCUACUUCUAGUGAAUAUUACGAAGAUCAAGAUCAUGAGUAUUCUGAAUACUGGGACGAGUCCCAAUGGGAUGAGCAGGACACGGAGUAUUGGGAUGAGGAGGAGUGGGACGAGUCACAUGCUUGGGAGGAGUCAGGGUAUCGGAAUGAAGAUGGGGAAUGGGUCGAGGACGAGAACUACAACCGUUCCACCAUGACUUCGUCCACCUCUACUUCGCAUGAAGAAAAACUCAGUCAGCGGAUCAGUGACUACGAUCGUGCAAAGUCACGAGCAGAAGCAGCACAAGCAACGAAACGCUCUAUGGUGUCUAUCGCUUUGCAGAAACACUACAGUAGUACAAUCAGAUCCACUAGUAGAAGUACUAGCAGUGUUACGACUGUAGAAAGAGCAAGCACGACUAGAAAUAGCUCUACGUUUCAGAGUAGAAGAACACAAGACACUACUGGAACAUAUUUUGAAGAAGAAGACGAGGAUGUUCAGCGGGAGAGUGAGAAUGUGCAAGAGCUGCUCUGCGAUUUCUAUGAGAAGGGAAUGACAUCCUCUGAGUACAGCACUGCUAGUACGCGAGGAGCAUCUAGUCGUCGCAGUACAAGGAAGAGCCUUCUUAAUAAAGUGCUGGACAGGGCUUCAAGUAGAACAGACGCUGGGGAAGGGGAUAACAUCGAGACGACGUCGCAAGUACAAAAAGGUAUCCUCACCAAGGUCUCGUUGCUAUCUACAGAGUCACAAGUAGAAACAGAAAGUGCUGAAGCUGAUGCAGCUAGAGGAAAAAGUACAGGAGCUGCAGGCUCUUCUAUUCGCUCUAGUACUGGUCAGCCUGCUUCUUUAUCUACGAUAGAGGAAGUCGAAGUUGGGGCGGCCGUCACCACCAAAACGGGAACCGUUGUAGAUGCACACGACGCUCUGGUUUCUGCCUUUGUCGACGUAGAAGAUGGACCACAAGAAGUGCAGGACGUGCAAAAAGCAGUGAAAAAAAAACUACUCAUAAAAAAAUCUACACCUGGACGAGCACUACACUUGGACGAGCCGGCGGAGCGUCGUGAGAAGGCCAGUACAGUAGACCAAAUUCUGCGCGCAUCCUAUGCAAUGUUGGAGUCUGAAAGGGAACAAGAUCAAAGAAGUGAGGACGUGGAAAUACAACAUGCAACUACCACCACUGAUGAACGAGAACGAGGACGCCGACCCUCAACAAGAGGCGACAGAAGCAGACUGACUGAAGCAAUCGAUUCCUUCUAUGAGCAAUGCGAUGUGGAUACUGUAGAGUCCCAACGACUGAUGAGUGCUCUCCAUCGACGUGCGUCUUGUCGUGUUUCUUCUAGGUCUUCUAGUACUUUUGAAAAUCAAGAAGCAGACGAGGACAAGGACAAAGAGAAAGGAACUAACGAAGUGAUGGAUGCUGACACUGUGCACGAAAUUUUCAACGAAGCUCAGGCAGAACAGCGACAGGCAGAUAGGGAACGCAAAUCAAGUUUUCAUCACAUGUUGAAGAACUACUACGCAGUUGCUGCCGAUGUGGAGGCAGGUGGUCCUUCAAGAAAAGAAGCUGCCUCCAAGAAGUCCAAACUUUCUUCCAAGAAGUCGAAGGGAGCAGGCAAAGGCCGCAAAGGAAAAAGCAAAAAAACUUCCACUGUUUCCAACCGGAGCACUUCUUCUUCUUCUUCUUCUUCUAGAGCUGUUUUUAGAUCAAAACGCGUUCAGCAGAUUGAGCAGAGCGGCGUGUUGCAACGGUACCACGACCAAGUCGGCGUGAUGCACUAUAAGACGAAGAUCGCGCCCAUCCUUGCGCCGAUGCGAGGCCCUGCGGCUGAGCGUGCUCGAGCCGCUGAGGCUGCACGCAAUACGGCGAGGGCACAGAGUCAGAAGAUGAGAGCUAGGACUACGAACACGAAGAAGAAAGCUUUGAAGAAAUUCUCCGUGAUGAGUGCACCUGCUGUCUUAGUUGGUGCUGUUGCUCCUACGAAGCAAGCAAAAGGUCUAGGUAAAGGUCAAAAGGGGAAAGGCAAGAAAAAGAUGAAGAAAAGAGAAAAAUCUGUCAGAGAUGCGAAAGGUGGAUCUCAAUUGGAAGCUAAGGCUGAGAGGACAGCUACUUCAUCUAUGAUCGUUGGCGGCAAGAAAUCAACUGCUUCAUCGAUCGUAAGCGCUAAGAAAUCAACUGCUUCCUCGAUUGCAAAGAAAGCUUCUGUCGUAUCAGAAAAUACAGAGCUCGAGCUGAGAACAACUACACAUCAAACAGUAGGCACAGUUGUGGAUGAAGAUUUUGCACCAGAUGAAGAACAAGUGCAAGAAGAAGAGCAAUGUUACAACGACGAUGACGAAUGCUGGGACCAUGAAGAGCACUGGAACGAGGAAUACGAGGAUGAUGAGCACUGGAACGAGGAAUACGAGGAUGAAGUAGAUCCAGGGCCAGCAGCAGAAGAUCAAGUAGAAAAACAAGAUCCUGCUGCCCCUCUUGGUUCGUCGAUGCUUGUUUCUUCCACGACAUCAACCAAGCGAGACUACGAUGAGGAGAUGGCCCGCAAGAGCCGUGAGCAUGAGAUCCAGGAACAUUUCACCCAUCUUGCCUUGGAGGAAGACUUGAUUCAGGAGUUUUUGUGUGAGGCACAAGAGUCACCUGAUCUUGAUGUCGGAGACAGGUUGAGUUCAGCGUCUACCGCCUCGCAGGAGAGGAGGGCUACUGUUGCUAUAUCUUCAUCUUCCGGAGGACGAUCUGGCACUGGAUCUGGUGCCUUGUUUCCCAUGGGUGUGGUGCUGCCUACCAUACGUACAUCGACGCAGUCCUCGCAUCGAGGAGGAGGAUACAGCGCGAAUUAUAGCAACUUCGGACAGCAGUAUCCGCUCAUAGAAGCGCAUGAUUUUGGGCAACAGUACCCGUCUCGGGACGUUUCCUCUUCAUCCGAAGCAGAAAAUUUCUUCACCUCAACAUCAUCUUCGGCAAACAAGAGAAAGAGACAGAUCUCUCAACUGAAGAAGCAGAUUGAGGAGUACAAGACGGCCGUGGACAUCAUUAUCAGUGCGGGAGAUACACGACGCGAGUUCUUGCUCGAUAUUCUAAAGGAAUUCCAUGCUCAAGGAGUGGAAAACACGGAGUUGGAAGAUUUGAUCCAGAAGUACUUGAGAACGACGCUUGCGACGCGACAAAGUAGCAGUUUUGAUAGCACGAGUGCAGCACUGGCUCCACUGCCUUUGGAGGUCGAUCGGCCAAGCAACAUUGGUGCCGGAACAGCUGCUUCUCGUUCGCUUGCUUUGGUAGAAAUCAAUGAGGAAGCCUUACUACCAAGACUGUCGGAACUACAAACCCAACGGCAGUCAGUGUCGCAUUCUCAACAGUUGCAAGAACGGCAAUUCGCGAAAGCUCUUGUCAACACGUUUCUCAAGCAACAGGCAGAUCCGUCUACUGCGGUGCCAGCAGACAAGCUCCUUCCUGAAACUAUCGCCGCGCACAAAAACUACAAGCAGCAUGUGGAAAGGACGCAACUGCGUAAGGGUAUAGCAAAAGCAAUUGCUAAGGAGUCCUCUUCAAAACAAAAAGCCAUACUAAAAAGCAUGGGCAAGAAGAAGACAAAGGAGACGAAACGAGAGAAAAAGGCGCGGUUUUUGAACGAGAUAGCGAUUCUGCCACGUUUCAGGACUUCUAGUACCAAAUUGCGUGAACAUUACAAAAACGAGGUAAAACAGGCAAUGCACGCUACAUUGAAACAGGACGUCCAGAACCACGCACCAGCAGUUGUGGCGGAGCACGUGGCUCUUACCGUCGCUGCUGCGAAAAUUAAGAAAGCAUUUACAUUCAGACUAACAUAAACAUCAUAAUCAUUCUUAGUGAUAGUUAAUAAUCUCAAUCUGUUAGGGGCUGGAUACGGAUAGUAGUCCUUGUUCUGCUUAUCCUUCCAGUCCUUCGUAGAAGUUUCAAAAAGACAAACUUCUAGUCCUAGAUAUAUCUUCUAUCCACCUCUGCCUCUGGUAUCUUUAUCUAGCACAGGCGAAUUCGGGAAAAUAUCCUGUUUCUCCUUCUCACAUUCCCCAGCCUCAACCCCCGUUGUGGUCUAUCCCAAUUCCCUCUUCUAACAUUUCCCAACCUCAACCGUUGUUGUCUGAUUUGCCUGGUGUCGAGUUCAACCGUCUAUCGGCUCUGUCUGAUAGUGAGCGUGCGCGACGAAUCCACGAAGCGUGCGAAAUACUACGCGAGUUGGAUGCCACGUUCGACGAUCUUGACGCACGAGCGCUGGAUCCAUUUAUCUUGAGAAAGAAGCUCCUCGAACUCGUCAGCGAGAAUUUAGUGGUGAAAAAGGCAGUGGAGUAUCCUGGUACUGGGAGAGGGAGUGGUCUUGUGGAAGUUGAUGACGAUGGAGGAGACGAUGAUGACGGCGGCGAUGAUAGUAAACAUGAUGGGGACGAUCAUGAUGGAGCUGAUGGCUCCAAAGGUGAAGGUAAAGACGAGCAAGAAGAAGACAACCCUCCAGAUGAUGGCCAUAGCUCUGUACCCGAUGAUAGUUCACGGAGGACCGAUCAGCUUUCUCAGGACGCGUCUACUCCACCAGAGGAUGCGCCGCCGCCAGAAACAGCAGAUGAGGACGAUGAAGUUUCGUUUUACAAAGGCACCACCGCACUAAAGAGGUCGACUUCCAGCGAUCGUCGAAAGCUUGCAAGGAAGGAGGGAUAUUAUAGGUUAAGGCGACGUGCAUGUGCAAUAGCUUGUUUUUCACUUCCCUAAUGAUUGAGCCUAUGUAUUAGAAAUGAAGGUUUCGUCCUGAUGAAGUCUUCAGACGGCUCUCUGAUGAAGAUUCCACUUAGGAUGCAGGGACAGGGAGAGCCAUUGAAGGGCAACUGAGGGGAAUUUUCUGCUAAGGAUUCGAAACUAUUUACUAGGCCCAUCUAGAUCUACUUAGUACAACUACAUGACAUUGAUAAAGGAUCUUAAUAUUUCAAUUUCUUCUAACCACAGCAGCAUCAAGAGCGCUUUUGCAUGAGAAAGAGGAAAACGGCAACCAACACCUGAUGAAAAUCGAACAUCCGCCGCCUGUUAUUGGACAAAAUGCAGCGACUCUCAAGAAAGGGUCUAGUACAAACGCGGUGAUCAAUAGCGAACAUCUACAGAACGUCAUACAAGAUCAUCGUGUGCAACAAACUGAAGAGCUCCGAGUUCUAGAACAAGGCAAAGAAACUCAUUGCUUAGACGACUCAGAACAUGCCAGACAUGCGAAGCAACUGCAAAUGCUUCAUCAGCACGAGGCGGCUUAUUUAAAUGAGGUGCAUAGGCAGGUCAAAGUCACCCAGGAGAUGGACGAGGAGUUUCAGUCUUUGAAGGACAAACGAGUUGGACAAAUCAAAGAGUUGGAGACGCGUUUGCAUGCUCUAGUAGAGGAGAUGGGAAGGCAGUCCAGAAGGAGGUCUGGGAAAAGUAGUGGUGCUUUUGCUUCGGAUCUCGACAAGCUAUUGUCCUCGUGGCCUUCUGCAGUCGAUGACGAAGUCAAACUAGGCAAAUUGGAGGCUUUGGUUAAGGCUACCGCUGGAGCAUGUUAUCAAUAUCAUCAUCCCUGGCAUGCAGCUCUUUUUCUAGUACUUGAAAAAAGAGCCAAGGAUGCUGCCAGGGAUGCCAAUGCGGUAGUUCUAAUUUGGAGAAGCGGCUAG